UUCGGUUUACAGGGAAAACGCGACCAGUGCGUCGUGAUGCUUGCAGUAUCGUCGAGGCGUCGAGGAUGAUGUCGCGACGCGAUCGUUUCUUCGUCGUUCUUGCUCUUCUUUGUGUCGCUGUCGGUUUUACUCACGCGAUCUACGAUCCUAGAGAACUAACAACAAAACCACCAAAACGACGAGAACCAGUACUUCCAUGGUAUUCUUCAGACAAAGAUGACGUCGAUUCCAGCGAAGAACGCGAUCUGUCGCGUUCUCCAAAAUGGCGGAUCGACUCAGAGGAGCCGGCUCCAAGAAAACCGUACAUUGUGGAGACUGGAACGAAAAACUGGACCCCCUGGAGAAAAAAUCGUGGAAGUGAAAUCGAACAGAGGACGGAGAUCCCUGAAGAUCAACAAAUUCCAACGAAUUUUGAACAAAAUCGAGAUUAUUCGUUGGAAUACAGUCAAUUCGAGCAGCAAGAGAAUCAAAGGGUUCGACCAGGAUCGAGUAGUUCACAAAAGCAGAAUGAAAGAUGGAACAAACAAGAAAAUUCCAUGGGGAAGGACUCGCAGUCAAAAAUGAAGGAUGAUCAGGAAUUUUAUGAGGGAAUUCCGCCAGAUAGCACGAAACCUCGAAAAGAGGAAAUUCUCUUCUCUUCCCAACAAAAAUCCACGGUUGCUCGGUACGAUCCGAAAAUGGGCGUCCAGUGUCCAGAUUCCGAUUCGACUGGACAGUUCGUGUAUCCUCCAGACUGUAAAUUCUUCGUUAAUUGUUGGAAAGGCAGAGCUUUCGUUCAACCCUGCGCUCCUGGUACACAUUUCAACCCGGAAACUUUGGAAUGCGAUUUUCCGCAUAAAGUCAAAUGUUACGGAGGAGAAGUAGCGGAUUUUCCAUCGGCUGAUUAUUUGGAAUCAUCGGGAAAACAAGAACCAUUGUCAACUGCCGAUAAUCAGGGUCAUCUGGGAUAUGGACGAAUACCAGAACCACGAUGUCCACUUCAUUUGACAGGAAUGCUAGCGCAUCCUGCAGAUUGCACAAAAUUUUUGCAAUGUGCACACGGUGGAACAUUUAUCAGGGAUUGUGCUCCUGGUACAGUGUUUAAUCCUGCUAUCAGUGUUUGUGAUUGGCCAUACAAUGUGAAAGGUUGCGAAGAUGCAUUGAAACCCAAAGAAGAAACUACGACGCCAUUUUACCCUCCUGAAUACGAAGAUUAUGGUUAUAAAAAACCGAGAUACAAUGAAGAGCAGCCAGUAAAGAAGAUAGAAUGUCCUGAGUAUUAUACUGGACUGUUACCACAUCCGGAAACUUGCAAGAAAUUCCUUCAAUGUGCGAAUGGAAUCACUUAUAUCAUGGAUUGUGGUCCUGGGACGGCAUUCAAUCCUUCAAUAUCCGUUUGUGAUUGGCCCUAUAAUGUACCUGGAUGCAGUGAAAAUAAAGCAACAACAAUUACACCUUGGUCAUCUCACAGUCCAGACUCCAGUUCCUGGCAGCAUACAGGAGUUCCAUCACCAGGACGCCCAACUCAUCCCAUGACAACAGCCCGUCCAGAUACAGAUUGGGUAUCAGUGAGGGCAACCCAGAGGCCAGCGUGGCUCACUGACACCUGGACAACGGCAAAACCUGCGGGAACAGAUUGGGAUUCAUUAAGACCUACCUGGAAACCAAGCUGGAAACCAUCUACCUGGACCACUGCUACACCACCUUAUUCUCACAAUCAUCAUCAUCAUCAUCCCCAUCACGGAAACAGUGAUAGCAGCACACGAUAUGAUCAUCGUCAUCAUUCAUACCACGACCACGAUAGCUGGGAUCAAACAUCAGCUGCGAAUCAUCCACACACGCAGUGGCACCACAAUCAUGGAACCAGUGAUCAGAGUCCAAAUUACAACGGUCAUCAUCACAAUCACGAACAUCAUCACCAUCACGGACCAACGUACGAUUCAAAUAGGGACACCGAAACUCAGCAACCUUCUCCUCCAUUUUCUCAAGAACCGAGUCAAGGAGUUGGAGGUCAUUCGCAGGGAAGCUGGGAUUCGGUGUAUCACCACGAUCAUCAUCAUCGUAGACCUUAUUACCAAGAUGGAUCCGGAGAAAGUGAUCAGCAAACUCCACAGGUUCCUUUCGGAGAGGGACCCAAAGAUGAUCAACAAGCUCCACAGGUUCCUUUCGAAGAGGGGCCCAAAGAUGAUCAGCAAAAUCCGCAGCUACCUUUUGACAUUAAAGGUGAUUAUUCGCCGAAUACUCCAGGUAAUUUACCUGCAAAUAGAAGAAUCGGUGGAGAUUUCACACCUAAUAGACAGGAAUAUGGAAGGACGAACCCUGGAUUCUCGCAAUCUGGUUCUAAUCCAGUGAUUCCACCUGGACAGAACAUCUAUGUGGAUAGUGAUUACCAGAUAUCUGCGGAUAGAGACUCUGAUGUGAAUUUGAAUAGGUGGAAUAAAACGUGGAUGCAGCCCAAUUCGACGGGAAGUAGAAUGCAGCCUGGUAGAUGGGUCCAGAGUCAGAUGGGUCCAGGACAACCUACACAGCCUUCACCGAAUCGACAGUGGGAUCAAGAAAAAGCUGAUACUCAUUCUGGUCCAAGGGGGGCGAUAUACUGCGACAACUCCGUAGCUAAUUUUAUAAUUAGUUACUUACAAAAAGGUGUUGCUAACCAAGACAGGAAAUUCAAUGAAAGUAAUGGUGACAGAAAAGUGGACACAAAGUUAGAUCUAUGGCCUUCGACACCGAAUAUUUUCGAGUAUGUUAGAGGACAAUAUCGACCAGGUGUUAAAAAUGCCACAUAUAACUCAUCGAAGCCUCUAUACCCAAGUAACAUAUACGUGGAUGUAAAUGGUACAAGGGGCCAUUUUAUUACGAAAGAAAUCGAAAUCAAUCAAGGUCACUCGAAAGCGAGAACUUACAGACCAAACGAUCUCCCUUCUGUAAACGGGUCUCGUAAAAACGAUCAGAACAUUUAUAUCGACUCUCAAUCAACUGGUAUCGGUCAGAUACCAGUGGUCCUUCAACCACCUUAUUAUACACCUAAUAACACAUGGUACCAACAUAAUUUAUUACGGAAUAAAAAUAUCUCCAUUUAUAACCCUGGUUAUCGGAAGCCUAAAUAUUAUUCGAUGAAUGUGUCUUCUGGUUCUGGAGAUUUGACUGGUUCUGGUGCAAAUUAUCACCGUGUAGCCGUACCAUCAUCAGCUCUCCAACCUCCACCGUAUCCACCGCUCAAUCAAUCACUAAUUUUUCCACCCUCCUCAGAUUUUUCAAGAGUCGAUAUUUUCUAUCGAUAUGUGCCACCCUUAAGCUUGCAGCCACCUCCGAGUUUGCAUCCACCCGUACAUUUGCAACCACCCCUUUAUCAACCAUCCAUAAAUCUGCAUCCACCAGUAUACAAACCUUCAAAUCCAAAUUUAAACUAUCCAAUUGGUUGGCGAUUUCCAACUGCACCCUCAGUUGAACUUCAGCCCCCGCCUUACGAGCCUGUAAAUCGUUCUUCAGAGUUUGUAAACGUUACCGCACCUAAUAUUAAUCAACCAAAAGUAAAUACCACUUUCAAACCUCUUGAGCAACCCUUAACACCAACACCUUUACCAAAUGAGCAAAAUUCAGUAUUAUCGAAUAAAUACCCUAAAGUUCCAACGAAGAAUAUGAAAUCGUUUAAUGAAACAAAAAGUCGUCAAAAUUCGACUCAAACGAAUAUGGAGGAUGUAGUUCCACCAAAAAAGGUGCUGCGAAAUUUGGAUAGAGCUGGAAAGAAAAUAUUUUCAACGAUGGAUCCAAAUGUUCCCACUGUGUCCAUUGAAGGGGAUGAAUCGAUGACGGAGACUCCAGAAGUUCCAGAAUCUAAUUUGGAUCUGGAUGUAGAUGUGCUGACUGAUAAAGAAAUCUGGAAGCCGAUAUUGGUUUUCGAUAAUAAGAGCGAAACGACUACUCAGUCGUCUGUGAUCAUGAAAAUCAACAAGAAGACGACUGAUGUAGAUCUUUUUAAUAUUGAGGCAGCUCCGUUUGAAGAAGAGGAACCACCAUUUCCGACAUACUAUAUACCACCAGUCGAACCAUUGGAUCAUUCAAAAAAAGUUUCUAUACCAACACCAAUUUCUGGUCAGGUGGUACGGCUUAGGGGUGGUUCUGGUCCUCACGAUGGCUACGUAGAAGUUCAAGGAACGAACCCUGGUUGGGGAAUUGUUUGCGAUUCUAGAAAUAGAUGGACUUUAAAAGAAGCACAUGUUCUAUGCAAACAACUCGGCUACACCAGAGGUGCUGAAAUGGCUUGGCAAGGAAGGAACAAUCGAAAUGGUAUUCCAACAUGGAUCGCGGCGAACACCGUCUCGUGUCAAGGCGACGAGGCCAAGUUUCAAUCGUGCAAAUUCACACAUGAACAAGAAUGUCGAGUAGAGAGAGAUGCGAUAGGCGUGAGAUGCGCGUUAAAUCGUGUGGCACAUUGUCGUAAGGACGAAUUACCAUAUGAAGGACAAUGUUAUCACCUAGCUGAUCCUGAUAGCGGAUUAAAUCACGCCGAAGCAUUGGAUUACUGCGAGCAUAGACAGUCACGGCUUAUCGACAUCACCAGCCAAGCGGAAAACGAUUUCAUCUCCGAGUGGUUGGUGCAAAUGCAUCCGGAAGUUGGCGCGAUUAUGACUUCCGGCGUCGGUUUUACAACAUUCAAUCGCACCCUCUGGGUAUGGGAAGACUCCUCGCGCGCUAAGUUCAAAUUUACGAAAUGGUGGCCAGGAUGGACGGAAGAUAAGAAGAUUCCACCGUUCGUGGGUUCUCGUCCUCUUUGCUUGGUAAUGAAGCGCAAAUUUCCGUGUCACGAAAGGCCAGAUUCAAUUUGCGUUGCUGAUUACUUCUUUUGGGACACAGAAGAUUGUGCCACCUCUUCUAAAGGUCACUCCUACAUUUGUAAGAGACCCUACGAUGAUAUUGGUUGUAUUUACGGAAAAGGAGGACAAUAUGCCGGAAAUGCAAAUGUUACAGCAUCAGGAAAAGAAUGUCUUCCGUGGAGCGACCCGAAAGUUUCUCACCCUCUUACAGUAAACGUGGUCAAUCGAGAGUUGAGAGAGAAAUUGAAAACUCACAAUUACUGUAGAAAUCCAAACCCGACUAGGGAACCUAGACCAUGGUGUUUCACGGGGCCAGGUGCUGAACGAGAAUAUUGUGACAUUCCGUCUUGUGGAAAUGUUGGUUCUCCAAAAUCUCUGUUAACUGGAAAAUGCAAACCUAAGCAUUUUGAAUGCUUACCAGGAGAGUGUAUUCCAUCACCAUGGGUUUGUGAUGGAGACGAGGAUUGUACAAAUGGUGCAGACGAAAAAGAUUGUGUCUCGCACAUGGAUUUGUUCCAAAAAUAUUCUAAACAAAAGCUGGAGGGAUACGAUGUCCAAAAAUGGCUGAACACACCGUUAAAAACAUGUGCUCUUAGAUGCAAGGAGGCUGAUUUUACCUGUCGAUCUUUCUCACACAAGUCUGCAGGAAAUAUUUGCCUUUUGAGCGACAGUAACAUUGGCAUGACUGGAUCACUGAAACCCAAUAAAGAAUUCGAUUACUAUGAAAUGACAGAAAGAAGCGUAAACUGUGAAGGAAUGUACGUCUGUCAAAAUCGAAAAUGUAUAAGUCAAACGAAAGUAUGUAACGGGAAAAACGAUUGUAAUGAUCGUAGCGAUGAAAGUAUUUGCACUGUUGAAAAUUUGGAUUAUGCGAUUCGGUUGGCCGGUUCAGAAAAUAAUUACGAAGGCAGAAUUGAAGUUAAGAUUCUGGGUGUAUGGGGUCAAGUGUGCGACGAUGGUUUCGGAAUGAUCGAUGCCAACGUAAUUUGUAAAGAACUUGGCUUUGUUCUUGGUGCGUUGGAAAUUAGACCAGGAGGAUUUUAUGGAAACCUAGAUCCACCAACGAGGUUUAUGGUUGACCAACUGAGAUGUCGAGGCAAUGAGACUUCUUUACGUGAAUGCGACUUUGAUGGAUGGGGUGUACACAACUGUCAACCAGAAGAAGCAGUAGGUGUUAUUUGUAAGACUGCAGUGGACAGUUGUCAGGAUGGUCAUUGGAAAUGCGACAAAAGCCCCACGUGUAUUCCAACUGCGUUUAUAUGCGACGAGGUUGUCGAUUGUCCUGAUCGUUCUGAUGAAAGUUCUGAACAUUGUGACGCACCUUUCGAGAUACGUCUAGUGAAUGGAAGUUCUCCUUUGGAAGGAAGGGUUGAAGUCCGUCACCAUGGUAUCUGGGGUACCGUUUGCGAUGACGAUUUUUCGAAUGCAACAGCAACAGUGAUCUGCAGAUCCUUAGGGUAUGGUGGACGAGCUAUUGCUAAGAAAGAUGGCUACUUUGGACCAGGAGAGGGACCCAUUUGGCUCGACGAAGUUUUCUGUUUGGGAAACGAGACACAGCUGUACCGAUGUGAUCACAAUCACUGGGGUCAACAUAAUUGCAAUCACGAUGAGGAUGCAGGUGUAAUUUGUACACCUGGGGACAUUAAUGAUUCCGAGCCGUACUGGAAAACUGUGACGGAUUUGCCAGAGACGAACAUCAACGACAUACUACCUUCAGAUUGCGGAAAAAGAUUGAAAGAUUUCAGCGAAGAUGAUGAACUUAUACUUGAAAGGGUGGUGCGUGGUUCCAUCGCACCGAAGGGAUCGUAUCCAUGGCAGGCGAGUAUCCGUGUUCGGGGACACAGCAGAUCGAAUCAUUGGUGCGGUGCAGUGAUUCUCUCACCCAUACACGUGCUCACUGCCGCGCAUUGUUUGCAAGGAUACAAUAAAGGGACUUACUUUGUACGAGCUGGAGAUUACAACACAGAGAUAGACGAAGGAACAGAAAUCGAAGCCAAUAUCGAGGACUAUUACAUACACGAAGAUUUCCGUAAGGGUCAUCGAAUGAACAAUGAUAUUGCUCUCGUGUUGUUGAAAGGACUGGGAAUUCCUCUUGGCAGAAAUAUUAUGCCUAUUUGUUUGCCACCGGAAAAUGCAGAAUAUCCUCCGGGUCUUAAUUGUACCAUAAGUGGAUUUGGUAGCAUUCAGACUGGAAAAUCAGCUCAUUCGAAAGACUUAAGAUACGGUUGGGUUCCAUUGUUGGAUCAGUCUGUGUGUCGUGCUGAACACAUUUAUGGUAUGGGUGCAAUUAGCGAUGGUAUGGUCUGUGCUGGAUAUCUUGAUGAGGGUAUUGACAGCUGUGAUGGAGAUUCUGGUGGACCUUUGGCAUGUUAUCACAAUGGAGCCUUCACAUUAUACGGAAUUACUAGCUGGGGGCAACAUUGUGGAGAAGCCAAUAAACCGGGAGUGUACGUUCGAGUUUCUCACUAUCGUCCAUGGAUCGAUCGGAAGAUUAAAGAGUCUCUUUCAGGGAGAUAGAUCUUCGCAAAAUCCCGGUGCAUUUUUAACAAAAACAAAUAAAAUGUAAUACUUAAAUUGGUUACUUACUAGUUGUUUAAAAAUAGGUUAUUAACAUCGUGAAAUAAGUUAACAUAAAUUAAGAACAUUAGCAUACAAUAAUUGCCAUAAUCAAUAAUUAAUAUGUUACAAAUAAUUCAUAACAACAUAAUUAAAAUAAUUGUUUCUAAAAUUUAAUAUUAAUAUUUAACAUACAAUGUUUGAAAACAACUUACCUUUUUUACAAUCGAUGAAUAAUUUCAUAGAAACAAAACAAUACCAAAAAGAGAUUCAAUAGAAAUACUUUAAAUUAAUUUCUAAAUUUUCUUUUACACUAUUUUGCGAAACUAAAUAAUAGAAGUUAAUUUAUUAAAAUAAAUGAAACGCUUUAAAAAGACCAAAAAAAUAAAACGUGUUAAUAAUUGUAAGGUAUAUAUAAUAACAAGGAAUAAAAUAAAUUAUUUUCUAUAGGAGUUUGAUAAGGUUCAUGCUUUUGAUGUUGCGAUUUUGCAAAGAAUACACCUUGAAGAAACGUCCAUUAAUCUGUAGUUUAUUUCAUAAGACAUCAUCGUUUCUACAAUAAUUGUAAUUGCUGUCUUGUCGCUGUUACAUGUUCGAGCCUAUUUAUGUACAAUAGUCCCAACACAUUUGAUCGGAUAGAACAAAAAAGCUGCAAUACGAAAAUCUUCAUUUAAUCGUGUAAUAAAAUCGACGUAUGAACAAUUGAAAUGAACAGGAAAAUGAAAGGUUUCGGCGACCUACGUUACGAGAUUGCAAAAAUCUUUGAAUAUUAUAAUCGAAAUCGUUGUAUGUUUAAUUAUUUGGAUUGAUCGAUCGACAAAUGAAUUGACCCGUAAACAAUUUUUAGCUUUAUUGACUUUCUUGGUAGACUGGCAGUUAUUUAAUUGUAAGAAUGAAUUUUUCAUACAUUUCCUAAAUACUAUCAUUCAUGCUUUUGUAACUUAAAAUUCAUAGUAAUUUCAGGAUUUCAAUCUAAAUUAUUGGUGUAAAGUUUUGUGAAAUUCAAAUUCAUGAACUU